UAUAUGCUGUGUGUCACUCCCUGCUCACACACACACACACACACACCGUCACACACACUGAUAAAACCGUCAGAGCUGCGCGAGGAGGCACACACUGAUGCACGUGGAAACCAACAGACCCAAACAGUCACCAUGAGUAUCAACUACUCGUCCGCGGCGCCCGUGCAGAGGUCCACGUCGUUUUUUAUUGAGGACAUCUUGUUGCACAAACCCAAGCCUCUGAGAGAGGUCCUCCCCUCUCCCUUCUGUGGCUCCCUGGCCUCCCGCGUCCCCCUCCUGGAGUACGGAUACCCUCUGAUGCCCACCCCGAUACUUGCCCCGCAUCCGCACCACCCGCUCCACAAGCCGGAGCACCACCAGUACUUCUUCACAUCAGCGUGUUGUGUGUCUGCAGGGAUGCAGAUGCCGGCCCUGUUCCAGCACCACUCAGAGUUACCAGGGAAGCACUGCCGGCGCAGGAAGGCCCGGACGGUGUUCUCCGACUCGCAGCUGUCCGGCCUGGAGAAGAGGUUUGAGGUCCAGCGGUACCUGUCCACCCCCGAGAGAGUGGAGCUGGCCACGGCGCUCAGUUUGUCCGAGACACAGGUAAAAACGUGGUUUCAAAACCGGCGGAUGAAGCACAAGAAGCAGCUGAGGAAGGCGCAGGACGAGCGGAAGACCCCCGGCGGGGAGCUGGACAGAUCCGCGGACAACUCGAGUGAGAGCGAGCUGACCGACAGUAAGAGCGGAGAGGAGCUCACACAACACGGACUGCAGCCGGACGCCUUCAUGAUGGACGAGAACGACGACGACGACGACGUGGACAUCGAGGAUGACGUUUGUUCCCCGGAUCACCUUCUAUAGUAGGCUGCAGAGCUGUUCAAUCAGCAGCGUUCACUCUGUAAUAUCCUGUAUAUGAACUGUAUUUUAAACUUUUAAUUACAAAAAUGAAAUAUUACAAUAUUGUUUUAAUAUUAAUUCAAACACGCAUAAUGGACCCAUUUUUUAUAUAACUGACUCUUCUCUCAAUGUAGCUUAUACCAGAAUGUUCGUGUAGUGAGGUCUGAAGAUUACUGCUCCAUUAUUAUUAUUAUUAUCAUUAUUAUUAUUGUUAUUAGGCCUAUUAUUAUCAUCAAUCGAAUAUCGAUAUUAUCACUUGAACUAUAGCCAUUUGUUAAUCGAAAAAUACUUAGGCCUAUGUUUUUGUAUUAACUAUGGAAGCCCUAAGCAGACAUAUAUCCAUAUAUUUUAUUUUAGCCUACUUUUUUUCCGUGAUAACAAUUAGGCUAUUUCCGAUUGUUUCUCGACAUGUCCACUCUUUUUUUUAUCUCGAGAUAACAGCGCCGGGUUUCCCCGUUAUUAGGAGUUAAUUUCUGAGAACUUGAAAAAAUAAUAAAUAAAUUAACUCCUUAUCAAGGGCAAACGGAGUAGCCUAGUCUAUAAUAAAAUGUACAGAGGCAUAUCUUCUAAUGGCUUCCACGAAAAACAGACGGAAAAUCUGUAGCUUAAAUUUUCCAUAAGUUAACCGUGGGCUCUCUUCUUCGUGUAACAUGCCCCAUCGUUUUGCACUUCAACUAUUUCUUGUUUUUAUCCUUUAUCAGUUUGUUUGGAUAUUUUAUUUUCGGUUUGUCAAUAUUCCUUAAAUCAUUUUUUUGUAAAAGGCACUGUUUUUAAAUGCCAUGCAUAUAUGUCUGUAAAUAUACAUUAUGUAAAGAAUAUAAAUAAUGAACCUGCCAUCGGCUCAGUUUGUUCUUUCAAAUCCUUUUAUUUAAAAAUGUUCUUUUUUUCCGGUUUCCUCUGUCCGUCAGACUUGUUAAAGCUGCAUGUUGUUCUCUAACAUUAAGAAGCAGUGUGCACAGCCUGGAGCUGCUUGUUCUCUGCUGGGCGGCCUGCACGGAGCCUGCUGUGCUUUAACACAGACUAACAACAUAAACAGCUAGAAUUACAAAUAACAUGAUCUGUAUAAGAGUGAUCAUUUCUAUAAUAAUAAUAAUAAUAAUAAUAAUAAUAAGUGAACGUCAAGUCGCUUUAAGGACAGAUAGUUAAAUGAUCAUUACAUGAGAAUGAUAGUCAAUGAAAUACAACAGCUGUGUCGUUUCAAAUUGUCUAAACAAAUUAUAUUAAAAAAGGACAGGAAAUUAACUUGC